CCACCUAAAUUUAAAAUGAAAAAGAGAUCGUCGCUUAAAGGGGAGGGCACCUCCUCAACCAAUCGUUAACGGAGCUCAGAAAAAAAUGGAGACGAGAGAAGAGCAGCAAUUAAAUUUGAUUCCAGUAUCUGUUGUAAAUAACUGUGAAUAUGGUGCCGAAUCUUCUUCUUCAUUUCCUUCCAUUCCUCAUUCUUCUAGCAAAGAGAAUCUUCUUUACUUGGUUCAGAAGCAAAGAUAUGAUUCGCGAUUGAAACUUAUAGGAGAUUCGCCAAUAAAGGCAUUCUACAGAGUCAUCCGUAGCUGGGCUUCCAAAAAGUUUAUGACUGGAUGCGUCAUUUUACUCCCUAUAGCAAUUACAUUCUAUACAACUUGGUGGUUCAUUCACUUUGUCGGAUUUUUCUCCCCAGUCUAUAAGCAUCUUGGGAUCAGCAUAUUUGGUCUUGGAUUUGUGAUCUCUAUCACAUUCAUCUUCAUAGUUGGUGUGUUCAUGUCCUCAUAGUUGGGAGCAUCUGUUCUUAGUUUGGGAGAAUGGUUAAUCAAGAAAAUGCCGCUCAUUAGCUAUAUUUACUCAGCUUCCAAACAAAUAAGUACAGCAAUAUCACCGGAUCAGAAAUCGAAGGCAUUCAAAGAAGUGGCAAUUAUUAGACAUCCGCGGAUUGGAGAAUAUGGAUUUGGCUUCAUCACUUCAACAGUUAUUCUUCAUGGGAGUUCAGCAGGUUCAGAAGAACUUAACUGUGUCUACGUACCCUCCAACCACCUUUACACUGGAGACGUGUUCCUCAUAAGCUCCAAUGAUAUUGUAAGGCCUAACCUCUCUGUUCGAGAAGGAAUUGGUACGAUUUUCAGGCCAACAUAUGCAACAAAAAACACAUGGUUUUGUAUUGCUUUUUAUGGGAGAAAUGUGUUGUUCUAAUAGGGUCGGAAGCGUGUAAAUUAUUGUACUAAAAAAUCACACAAAGUUCAAUUCCCAGGGAAGAGAGGUAGUUCACAA